AUGGGUUCCAUCGUCAUCCCCCAUCUCAACAGCGGCUGGCACGUCGACCAAGCCAUCCUCUCCGAAGAAGAGCGCCUCGUCGUCAUCCGCUUCGGAAGAGACGCAGACCGCGACUGCAUGAAACAAGACGAAGUCCUCUACCGCAUCUCGGACCGCGUCAAGAACUUUGCCUCCAUCUACGUCUGCGACAUCGACCAGGUGCCCGACUUCAACCAGAUGUACGAACUCUACGACCCCUGCACAAUCAUGUUCUUCUUCCGGAAUAAACACAUGAUGGUUGAUUUCGGAACGGGUAACAACAACAAGCUCAACUGGGUGCUGGAAGACAAACAAGAACUCAUAGACAUCAUCGAGACGGUCUACCGCGGCGCCAAAAAGGGCCGCGGUCUCGUCGUCAGUCCAAAGGACACCGAUACUAGAUACCUACCUACCAGCACCCUCUACGCACCUCGCAUCCGCACUCACACCCAGCGGCCGGCUUCAUCUUAG